UAUUAAUAAUUAAUAAUAAAGAAUUACUGUAAAUUUUAAAGCACAUUAUAUAAUUUAUUCCUUAUAUUAUCUGCAUCAUAUUUAUAAUAAACAUUUUAAAACAAUAUAGUGCUCUUCAAUGUGUACCUUGUUUAAUUGCUAUUUUUUUAAAAACACGAUGACAGCAGUGUAUUCCUAGUAUACAUGGAAGGGGUACCAGCUAUAUAGGUGCUGUAAGACAGUGUAUUCGAUCCCCGUACACACGGAAGACGUGAUCGAGGUAUUAAUUAUGAGGAAGUUUAAGGAGCAUGGUCACGAUUUUGGGCAAAAAUUAUUUUUCCGAUUUUAAUGUUUACAAUGCUUCAGUAAUGCAUUUUUAAUAGGAAACCAAAAUUUGAGUGUCAUUUGUUGAGUUUUAGGCGAGUACAUUACAGAGCUUACAAUUCUUUGCUAUGUAAACAAAGCUUUUGUUUACAUAUUUUGAAUGCUGAAGUGAAAAUUCCAAUUUAUUGACCUAAAAUAAAUAUGUUUAACGUUAGAAACUGUUUAUUUAUGCUAAAAAUGAAUAAAAAGAUAGACAAAUCAGCUUGAAAAAGAUUUUUUACUGGUAUAUUGAACCUAUGUAAACAAAAACAGGACACGAGCCUUGUUUACAUGACAAAGAAUUCUGAGCUCUCUAUAUUGCUUAUAACUUAACAACUGACUCUCAAAUUUCAUUAGAUCAUUAGAAAUGCAUUUCUAAAGCAUUGUAAAUAAUAAAAACAGAAAAACGGAAUUUGACUUAAAUCGUGACCAUGCCCCUUUAAAGAAUAGACCCUGUAAAUACAUGGGCCUCCUUUUGUCACUUGUUCAAGCGACUUCAAGAAGACAACAGCAAUGGGUAACAGCACAGUGUAAAUUAUAUAUCAACUCAUUCAAUUAAAAAAUAAAUGUUAAAUCAUUCAGUAGCUAAUAAAUUAUUUUGUAUCUGUAAAUAAAUGUGGUCGUAAGUAAAAAGUUACUUUUAAAAUCUCAAAAACUCACCUUGUUCACAAACCAAUCUGAUUAAAAUCGGAUCCUUUGAUCCGCUCACUUAGAUAGCGAUCUAAGUGAGCGGAUAAAAGGAUCUGAUUUUUUGUUUUUUAGCGUGCUUGAUUUUUUUUACAAAGCGAAAGUAGGACAACUAUAAUCUAAGAUCAAGACCGAUAUCAAAUACCGCAAAAUGAAUUUACUGCUGGAUUCAAACAAGCAUUAAUACGUGUUUAUAUUAAAGGUACUGAUUUUUUUCUCCUUUUAUUAUUUCAUUAAUUAUUUGCUAUUUAACUUCUGAACUAUUUGGAACCUUACUGAUCAAACGACUGUAUCAUGUAUAUACAUAUGUGAUCAAAAUGGCGGUUAUACCACAGGAGUCGGCGAUUUUAUCAAUUUGUUGUAAUAAAUGAGAAAAAAGCUCACUGCGAUUAUGGCUCGAAGAGACUUGGAUUAUGACUGUUUACUAAUUUACAACCACGAAGAUUCUAGUUUUUCGGAUGGGGGCACAAGGGAGGACAGCUCAUUGUUGUUCCGCUAUGUUGAUUUUGUCGAUCGCAAAUUGAAUUCAUGCGAAUAUAGUAUUCACCAUCUUGAUAGAGAUAGUAUUCCUGGGAGAAGUGUGUUUUACGAACUGGAGAGAGUUAUCGAAUCUUCACAAGUUAUACUACUGAUUUUGGAUAAAGGAUUUUUAAGAAACUCCUGGAAGUGUUUUUCCCAAGAAGCAGCAAUCAAGAACCUCAUUGACACAUCUACCGACCCAAAAUGCACCACAUCAAACCGUUUGAUUCCAGUACUUAUUCAUUUAGAAAAAAAUGAAAUCCCAUCUGCGUUAAAAACAUUAACACCAAUAGAGAUUAUGGAGGAAUCGGACAUAGACAAAAAAUGGAAAAAUCUUAAGAUAGCCAUAGAUUCGCAUUUUGGACAGGAGAGAAUUCCAAGAAAUAUUGUGGCCAAAAACCCGCAACUAACCCCAGAACCCCAAUAUGCUCCAGCAGUGUCCAAGGAACCAAGAGUCAAUCCCAAAAGCAAUGGUCCUUCAUGCAGAACACUUCGUUUGCAGUCAACUGUGGAAACGGAUGCUCCUCAGUCCAUGACCUCUACAACAGCAGCAACAGUCCAGCAAUCUGUAACCAGUCCCCAGAAUCAUUCCUUUACUCCUAGUCUUUCACAGAGCACUUCUGAUUCAGGCAUUGGAUUAAUGAGUCCUGAAUUAGGGUCCCUCAAUGUGGCCUCAUUUUUGCCUGUAGGUGAGGCACCAGAGAGCCUUUAUCCAAGCAAUCAGAUUGAUAACUCGGUCACACUGCAGGAUAAGCCUGACUCAGCUGUAAACCAAAGUCCAGAGGGACCAAAAACAUGUCCAGAGGAUGGAGAGAGACCUUCAUUCUUUUUCCGAGCCAUUCAUUUUUCACUUCAUGCCUUUUUUCAACCAGACAAAGUGUAUGCACCACCUUAAUGGACCACUAAAUCUGACAUUGCAAAGAAAUUGUGAUACAUGUACUAUAUAUUUGUCUCAAAAAGCUGCAGAACUGUUGCGCUAUACUCAAAUUUGGCUUGAAAUAAAUGUCUAAUAACAUUA